AUGUCCUUCAGCGUUUUUCGCGCGUCCUUCCGCAAUCCUGCGGCCAACCCUCUUCGCAGGGCUACCCAACUGCCUAAGGCCCAGUUCCGCGUAAAGUUCACCCGCAACUUCUCUACCCCUCCUCCUGCUGCAGAGGCCAAGUCAAACACAGCUCUCUACGCUGGUCUCGGAGCCGCUGCUGCUGGUGGUAUCGCAUACUACUUCUAUGCUACUAACAGUGGCAAGGAGGCUGGAACUGCUGUCAAGUCUGGUGUCCAGGCUGCCAAGGUUUCCGCCAACUUUGUCCCCACCAAGGAGGACUACAUCAAGGUGUACAACAGGAUCGCUCAGGUCAUUGACGAGGCCGGCGAAUACGACGAUGGCUCCUAUGGACCCGUUCUUGUCCGCCUCGCCUGGCACGCGUCUGGAACUUAUGACAAGGAUACUAAAACCGGUGGCAGCAACUACGCGACUAUGCGCUUUGAACCUGAAUCCCAACAUGGUGCUAACGCCGGUCUGAACGUUGCUCGUGAUCUCAUGGAAAAGGUCAAGCAGGAAUUCCCCUGGAUUAGCUACGGUGAUCUCUGGACUCUUGCUGGUGUUGCUGCAAUUCAGGAAAUGGCUGGCCCCAAGAUCCCCUGGCGCCCUGGACGCAUUGACGGUUUCGCUGCACAGGCCACCCCCGAUGGUCGUCUCCCUGACGCUACCCAAGGCGCUGACCACCUCAGGAACAUCUUCCACCGCAUGGGAUUCAACGAUCAGGAAAUUGUCGCUCUCUCUGGUGCUCAUGCUCUUGGCCGCUGCCACCGUGACCGCUCCGGAUUCGAAGGCCCCUGGACGUUCUCCCCUACCACUCUGACUAACGACUACUACAAGCUGCUCUUCGACGAGAAAUGGGUGUGGAAACGCUGGGAUGGACCUAAGCAGCUCGAGGACAAGAAGACCAAGAGCCUUAUGAUGUUGCCUACCGAUUACGUUCUCACUCAGGACAAGGUCUUCAAGAAACAGGCUAAGGCUUACGCUGAGAGCCAGGAUCUCUUCUUCAAGGACUUCUCCGCCGUUGUUUCCCGCCUCUUCGAGCUCGGUGUGCCUUCUUCCCAAUGGGUCACUCCCGAGCCCUGGGUCAUGCCCACCGUUGAGGAGCAGAAGGAGCAGAAGUAA